AAUAGGCGCAUGCGCAGGACCAGAGAACAGGAGCGUGCCUGGCGCCAAAAUUUUGAAAAGCGAGAAGUGUUUCUAUUGACAACAACAGCUCUCCGUAUAACGUCGUGGUUUGUUUAGACGUUAUUACGAUAUAUCGAAAAAAAAAGGACAACAACGGAAAGAUGCACAUCAAAUCUAUUAUCUUAGAAGGGUUCAAGUCCUACGCGCAGAGGACGGAAAUCAACGGAUUUGAUCCGCUCUUCAACGCUAUUACCGGACUCAACGGGAGUGGAAAAUCAAACAUUCUCGACUCGAUAUGCUUUCUACUGGGGAUAUCCAACUUGUCUCAGGUGCGAGCGGCCAAUCUCCAGGAUUUGGUGUACAAGAACGGCCAGGCCGGUAUCACCAAAGCCACCGUGUCCAUAACUUUCGACAACGCAAACAAGAGUCAGAGUCCGCUUGGAUUCGAGACCCACGACGAGAUCACGGUCACAAGACAGGUGGUGAUUGGUGGUAGGAACAAGUACCUGAUCAACGGGGUGAAUGCCAACAACACCAGGGUACAGGAUCUGUUCUGCUCUGUAGGACUCAACGUUAACAACCCCCACUUCCUCAUCAUGCAGGGGAGAAUCACCAAGGUUCUGAACAUGAAACCGCCUGAGAUCCUAGCCAUGAUAGAGGAGGCAGCAGGAACCAGGAUGUACGAGUGUAAGAAGAUCAGCGCCCAGAAAACCAUUGAGAAGAAAGAAGCCAAACUGAAAGAAAUCCAGACGAUCCUGGAUGAAGAGAUCACUCCUACCAUGCAGAAGCUGAAGGAGGAGCGUUCUUCAUACCUGGAGUACCAGAAGUUGAUGAGGGAGAUAGAACACCUGAGUCGUCUGUACGUGGCCUGGCUGUUUGUCUGCGCUGAGGAGACCAAGGUGAAGUCUGCGGAGGACCUGAAGGUGAUGCAGGACUCCAUCACUCAGUUGCAGGCCAACAUGGCAGACAACGAAAACAAGGUCCAGGAACUCUCCGCCCAGAUACAGGAACUGCAGAAGAAGAGAGACCAAGAGGUUGGUGGAGUGCUGAAGGGGUUAGAGGAGACUCUGUCUGAGGUGCAGCGGGUCGAUGCUAAAGCCCAGAGUGCUGUGGACAUGAAGAAACAGAACCUGGCAGAGGAGACCAAGAAGAGGAAGGAGCUGGUGAAGAGCAUGGCGGAGGAUAAGAAGAUACUAGUGGUGAAGGAAGCGGAGGUGUCCAAGGUAGCAGAGAAGCUGUCUGCCCUACAGGAGGAAGGUCAGAAGGAUAGCGCCGCCCUAGAGGCAGCACAGUGUCACUUCAAGGCUGUGUCCGCAGGGCUGUCCACCAAUGAGGACGGAGAAGAGGCCACGCUCGCCGGACAGAUGAUGACCUGCAAGAACGACAUUAGUAAAGCUGACACCGAGGCCAAACAGGCCCAGAUGAAGCUGAAACAUGCUCAGCAGGAGUUGAAGGCCAAGCAGACGGAGGUGAAGAAGAUGGACUCUGGUUACCAGAAAGACCAGGAGGCCUUCAACACUGUCAAGAAGAACAAGGAGAAACUAGAGGCUGAUAUGGAGAAACUACAGUACCAAGGUAGAGGAGGAGGAACUAGAGCUCCUUGUCUCUGUCUCCCUCAUAGUGACCCAGAACGGGACUGGGACCGUAGCAGAGUUAAGGGUCUCCUAGCUAACCUGAUAACAGUCAGUGAUGUGUCCUACUCUACUGGACUGGAGGUGGUGGCUGGAGGGAAACUCUACAAUGUUGUGGUGGACACAGAGGUGACAGGUAAGAAGUUGUUGGAGAAAGGAGAGCUGAAGCGUAGAUACACCAUCAUCCCCCUCAACAAGAUCUCUGCCAGGACACUUAAUGACAGCGUGGUCAAGACAGCCAAGAGUCUGGUUGGGGAGCAGAACGUCCAUACAGCGCUGUCUCUGGUUGGCUAUGAGGCAGACCUGAGGAAGGCCAUGGAGUACGUGUUUGGUUCUACGUUGGUGUGUGAUACAUUAGACAACGCCAAGCGAGUGGCCUUCGACAAGAGAGUCAUGACCAAGACUGUUACUCUGGGAGGAGACGUCUUCGAUCCUCAGGGGACGCUGAGCGGAGGAGCCCGUUCCCAGUCGGCCUCCGUGUUGUCCAGUCUCCAGGAGCUGAGAGAGGUUCAGGACAGUCUGUCAGCCACAGAGACGGAGCUACAGGCCCUGGACAAACAACUGUCUGGUCUCAAGGGGACGGCUGAGAGGUAUCGUUUGUUAAAGCAGCAGUUAGACUUGAAGACAGAAGAGUUAGAUAUUCUCCAGGUUAAACUCCAUCAGAGCUCCUUCCAUAAACAACAGGAAGAACUGAAGAUGUUACUGAAGACCAUCGAGGAGUGUGAGGAGACCCUGCGCAGCAGUAAGGAGGUCCAGAAGAAGGCAGAUGAGAAGUACAAGGUGUUGGAGGAUAAGAUGAAGAAUGCGGAGGCAGAGAGGGAGAAGGAACUGAAAGCUGCUCAACAGAAAGUCAACUCUGCUAAAACCAAGGCUGACGCGUUCAGUAAGAAACUGAAGGAGAGACAACAGGAGGCUGAGUCCCUGGUCCUAGAGUUGGAGGAGUUGAAGAGGGAGCAGACUGCCUAUGAACACCAGAUCCUGGCAGUAGACGAAGCCAUGAAGACCAUCCAGGAACAGAUAGACAACAUGUCCACCACCGUGGCAGAGAACAAGGAGUCUGUGCGUAAGGCCCAGGAGGAGUUGACUAGACAGAAAGAGGUGAUCGUAGCCCAGGACAAAGAGAUCAAGUAUGAUUGGAGGAGAGUUGAGAACGUGACCCUGUUUUUGCCCCAUCAGUAUAAUGACCUGAUGAAGAAGAAGAGGAUCGUAGAGAAUGACAAGUCUAAGAUCCUCCAGACCAUAGAGGAGCUGGACCAGAAGAAGAAGGAGGCCCUCAACAUCGCCUGGCAGAAGGUGAAUAAAGACUUUGGCAGCAUCUUCUCCACCCUGCUGCCGGGGGCUGAUGCCCGUCUGGCCCCUCCUGAGGGCUGCGGGGCCUUAGAGGGCCUGGAGUUCAAGGUGGCUCUGGGAAACACGUGGAAGGAGAACCUCACGGAACUCAGCGGAGGACAGAGGUCUCUGGUAGCCUUGUCUCUGAUCCUGGCCAUGCUGCUGUUUAAACCUGCUCCCAUCUACAUUUUGGACGAAGUGGAUGCUGCCCUGGACCUCUCACACACACAGAACAUAGGACAGAUGUUGAGGACACACUUCACACACUCCCAGUUUGUGGUGGUCUCUCUGAAGGACGGCAUGUUCUCCAACGCCAACGUUCUGUUCAAGACCAAGUUUGUAGACGGGGUGUCUGCCGUGUCCCGUACCACCCAGGCCCAACCAGACCAGAACAAGGGGCCGCGGAAAGGCCCGUCUCAUCGGCCGCAGGCACAAAAAAGAAUCGCUAACUAGUUAGCCUCUCUAGCUAGCUACUGAUGUGUCUUGUUUGUCCUUAUGUACGUUAAGGUCUUCACUAAAAGCCUUUCUACGAUGAUUUAGUUGUCCAUUCAACUAGCCGUCUGGAUUAACAUGAAACCUGCAUAUAGCAAUUCUUCUGUUUGUGUGUCUGAAAUAUACUGUUCUACACCGUGGUAUUUUAAUGUCUCGUUGCUUAAAAUAAAAGCCCCUUUCACAAA